UCUCCAACGAAGAAGACUUGGGAUACAGGAAGAGCGGAAAACUGCUGCAAGGAAGGCAGGAAAUUCGGAGUAAAAAUAAACGAAUUAAAAAUUAAAGAAACGGAUAGAAAUUAGCCUCUUUUUUAUACAAGCAAUCGAAUCAAAAGCCACGGCUUAAACAUCUUAGGCGGCUAACCCGCUAGCUUCUCGUCUUGUAGUUAACGCGGUUGACUUGAUUUUUUAGCUAGUUAGCUUAGCUUACGCUAACUCACGCGACGCCAUCUGCUGCCAAAUAACGCUAAAAAAGGAGCAAGCAUGUCGGACGAUUGCGAGUUCAGCGAAGACAUGACCAUCAUGAGGAUGGAGGAGGACGGCGAGGCGUACAGCGACGACCCCAUGACGACGGCGGCGGCCGGCGACAGCGGCCUGACUGGAGGCGAGGCCGAGGGGGCGCGGAUCGACGCCAGUAAGAAUGAGGAGGAUGAAGGGAAGGUGUUUGUCGGAGGUCUCAGCUGGGACACCACCAAGAAGGACCUGAAAGAUUACUUCACCAAGUUUGGGGAGGUCAUAGACUGUACCCUGAAACUGGACCCCAUGACGGGCCGCUCCAGGGGGUUCGGCUUCGUGCUGUUCAAGGACGUGCAAAGCGUGGACAAGGUCACCUCUCAGAAGGAACACAAGCUCAAUGGAAAGGUCAUCGACCCCAAAAAGGCCAAGGCCAUGAAGAGUAAAGAGGCCGUCAAGAAGAUUUUUGUGGGCGGUCUCUCCCCGGAUACCCCCGAGGAGAAAGUCAGAGAGUACUUUGCUGCCUUUGGAGAGGUGGAGUCCAUUGAGCUUCCCAUGGAGAGCAAGACCAACAAAAGACGCGGCUUCUGCUUCAUCACCUUCAAAGAGGAGGAGGCUGUGAAGACCAUCAUGGAGAAGAAGUACCACAACAUCGGCCUGAGCAAGUGCGAAGUGAAGGUGGCCAUGUCCAAGGAGCAGUACCAGCAGCAGCAGUACUGGGGUGGAAGAGGAGGAUACUCCCCCAGGUCUCGAGGAAGAGGCAGCGGUCCCGCUCAACAUUGGAACCAGGGUUACAGCAACUACUGGAAUCAAGGCUAUGGCAACUAUGGCUAUGGCAACCAAGGAUACGGAGGAUACGGUGGCUACGAUUACUCCGGAUACGGCAGCUACUACGGAUACGGUGACGACGGCAAUCCGUCUGCUGGCUACGGCAAGUCGCCACGGCGCCCUGUUCACAGCAACAGUUACAGGCCGUACUAAAGUGCGUGUGGAAAGCUUCCCAAGACAACAAGCAGGUAUGCACAGAGCAAAGUUGCAUCCCUCUCUGUAAAACGUAACCUAGUGACAUUAAUUAAGUGUUUGGUAAUGUAAUGUGUAAUUUAUACAUUUUCUUUUUCUCAGCACCGUGAAAGUGCUUUACAGUAGUGGUAACAUAGAGGCUAACCCCUGCAGCCUCUUAUUGCACCAGUUUUUUUUUUGGUCCUUUUUUCUUUCUCUUUUAACUGUAAAGUUAACAGGUAAAGCACUACUACUACUACUACUACUACUACUACUACUACUACAAAGUUAAGGAUGUACAAGGAAAGCGAAAAGGAAGUAUGUUGUCUCCUAACUCUGACAUACCUUGUUUGUACCUGCCAGCGGAGCUUCCUUGCAGGCCAUGAGCUGACUCCCAGAUACUCUCAGGGCCCGCUCAAUGCGGACCGGGUACGAGAAGCAUACGCUCUCGAUUGCUGCCGUUUGGUAUGGUCUCACAACAUCCCUGUAUCCGCAUUUCUAAACUCAAACCAUAUGGGACAAUACGUGCAGCUUUCACCUUCCUUUCCCGUUUUUGCUGUUUGGUUUUUGACUUGUUUACGAGUGUACAGUAAUGUUGGUGUAAAGGUUAAAUUCACGCACAUGUAAUGGUCAUUCUUUACAGGCCCUUACUCCCCCCGACAAGUAAUCAUAAUGUUAUGCUCCUUAAAGGUUACUACAGCUGGACUUAAUAUUUGCACCGGUGAUGUAAGCUGCUUGUUUGUUGUCCAUGAGCUAACAGCUUGUAUGGACGCUGCCGUUGUGUUGGGGGAAGAAGUGCUUUACGUUGUUCAACAUGUCUUCUCUGUGUAACUGACUCCUGUAACCUUUUUUUUCUGAUUAAAAAAAAAAAAAUGUAACGCAAGAAGAAUUGCAAGCGCAUUUCGCAGAAACUUGCACGGAAUGUUCCUUUUUUUUUUUUUUUUUGUAAAUGUGCAUCUUUUGACCAAAUGUUUCCUUCUAGUUCACCUCCAGAACUUUGCUAUUUAAAGUGUUUAAAUGUUAAUAUAUUUACUCUUUUACAUGGUACUUCCUGUUAGCUUGUGGUAUAAAGGUUGUCUGUAUGAGCUGACGUGUGCGUGUCUUUUCUCAGGUGUCAGAGCAACGAGGCUGGCUGGCUGGCGGGUGGGCAGGGCUGCAGCAAAGAUGCCCUCGUGCUGAUUGUAAGAAAAAAAACUGAAGCGCACUGUCCCACAUGUCUUCUUUAUUUACCAGCGCUUUUUGGGAUUAUUAUUAUUAUUUUUUUUUUUUAAGAAGAGUUUUAAUACCCCCCCCCCUUUUUUUCUUUUUUUUUUUUUUGUAUUUUAACAUCGUCCCAUGCUGUUUGUGAAUCACUUCAUUUAUUAGAGACAUAGAGACAGCACACACUUAUUACAGCCCUGCGGUAGCAUAGACACACAUUAGGUUAUGUUCAUCAGUCCUAUAUAAAACAUAUAUACAGUACAUACAUAUAUAUAUAUAUAUAUAUAUAUAUAUAUAUAUACACACACACAUACACAUGGAUAAUGUGUUCAACAUAGGCAAGUGUGAUAAAACAAUAAAACAAUUUGCUUUCUGAA